UGCUUGCAAAACGUAAACAUUUCACAACAGUUUCUAUAUAAACGAAAAUGACGGUCUAUAUUUAAGCAUUACUGUUGAACUUAAUAACGAAUUCUUUUAUAGGAAACUGAAAGUUGCAGACCAGUGUCUUCAAACUGAUGGGGACAGAUAUGAUAAAUAGGGCUUAAUUAAUAUCGUUAUUAUAUAAUAAAUAUAGAUCACAAAUCAGGCUGCGAUAUGUCUGUAACUAAAGAAUUUCAUCGGCUCCUAAAACGAGUCAGAAAACUUACAGAUGGACAGGCAUCAAUUUCAGGUAUAGAUUGGGAUGACGGAAAUUUGGCGAAGUUCUAUAUAUAUGUGACUAUAGUACCUAACAAUGGCUUAUACAAAAGUGGAAAAUUUCAAUUCAGGAUCGGAAUACCAGACAAAUACCCAGCAGUACCUCCAGUUGUAUGUUGUAUUACUGAGAUAUAUCAUCCGAAUAUUGAUACUUGGGACGACAACGUCACCGACGAAAGCACAAAUGUCUGCUUAAAUAUCCUGGAGGACGGUACAUGGAGCAGUUCUUUCGGUCUGGAAGGUACAAUUCUUGGUUUACUGUAUGUCAUGCACAAUCCAAAUUUAGAGGAUCCUCUCUCACCUUAUUUUGAAGGAAACGAUGACGAAGAAAAUUUCGAAGACAAUGUAAAAAAGUAUAUGGCAGGGGAAGCGUUUGACGAUAUGGCAUUUGACAAAGAUUUUAAAGUGAUUGAUGGUAUUUUGAUUGAGGAAACUGUGAACUCUGCUCUAUCAGAAACAAAGCCCGAAACCUCAGGCGUAAUAGUAGAUGAUUCACAGAGUAUAAAUAAAGAUGACGUCAUUCCCACAAAUGACAUGAAACACACCGAUAAUGUUGAAAGUUCUGAAGAUGAGCAUAUAUCUGAAAACUAUAGCGGAAAUGCAAAUGGAUCUGCUGAUAAUUUAGCGAACAAAGGUUCUUUGAAUGAUGCAAUAGAAAAAAAGAAUAAACAAGUAAUGGAGAAUACUGACGAAGUUAAUGAGAUAACAAUGGAAGGAGCUAUAGGUUGCCAAGAGGCAGGUGAUAAGGUUGAUGAUGAUGAAAGCGAUAAUUGUGAUAUUGAACUUGUUAAUAUAGAUGGAGAUUGUGUUCUUUUGAUACAUAAAUGCGCCAGUGAUGAAGAUGAGAUUAUGGCAGAUAGCAAUGAACAAGAGACUGACAUGACAGAAGUCGAACAAUAUAAACCAGAUCCUGAACAAACUGACGAUGGACACCAGAAUUCUCAAGAUGAAGUUUGUACCUCAAAUACUAAUGAAAUAAUUAGUGAAGUGUCUGAAGAUGCUUCAUGCAGCUUUACAACAUUAAACACUACGUGCAAUAUUGAAGAUAUAGCUAAUGAUGGUAUUUCUUCACAAAAAGACGAUAGUGAGAUUAAAACUUUGAUGUCAGAUAUAGAAAUAGAUGAACAGCGUAGAAACAAUCCU